CUCUGCUUCAGGAAGAAAAAGGUUACACUGCAAAGACUUUGUUCUUAGGUGAAUGAUUGUAACAAGGUGUAUCAUCCUCAUGAAAGAGAUCCAUUUUUAGUGAAGACAUCAAGGCUUCCAAUUCCAGUAGAGCUAUGCUGAAAUACAGAGCAGAGAAGUAGACAAGAACUUGGUCCUAAAUGCCUGAGUUGCAUGAUGAACAUGGAGCAGAAGAAUCAAACCAUCUUUGCUGGAUUCAUCCUUAUGGGUUUCUCCUCCUCACCAGACCUCCAAGUGCUUCUCUUUCCCAUCUUCCUCUGUAUGUACCUACUUUGUCUGCUAGGAAAUCUCUUGAUAAUCUUGCUGAUCUUCUCCAGUACCAAUCUCCUCCACACUCCCAUGUAUUACUUCCUCUGUCACUUGUCAUUGGCUGACCUUGGAUUCAGUUCUGCUGCAGUGCCCAAAUUGCUAUACAACUUAGUGACCCAGACGAAAGCAAUAUCCCAUAAUGGUUGCCUGACACAGAUGUAUUUCUUUGUGAGUUUUGCUGCGACAGAUAACUUUCUCUUGGCCUCCAUGGCAUAUGACCGCUAUGUAGCCAUCUGCCGCCCAUUGCACUAUGCCAGAGUCAUGAGCUUCAAGUGCUGCCUUCUGUUGGCUGCUGGAUCUUGGCUCCUGGCUCACUCCCACUCUUUGUUGUACAUCCUGUUAGUAUCUAAUUUUACUUUCUGUGCUUCCCGAGAAAUCCCCCAUUUUUUCUGUGACCUCCAUCCUUUAUUGAAAAUCUCUUGUUCGGACACCUCCAUUGUUGAUAAGCUUCUUGUGAGCGAAGGAACAACCAUUGUUCUUGGGCCUCUGCUUCUCAUUAUUUUCUCUUACAUCUUCAUUGUCAUGAAGGUGGUGAAGCUUCCAUCUAAGUCCAAGAAGUACAAAGCUUUCUCUACUUGCAGUGCCCACCUCACCACUGUGGCUUUGUUCUAUGGCACUGUGAUAGGCACCUAUCUCCGCCCAUCAUCUUCCUAUUCUGUCUCAAGGUUGAGAGUGGCAUCAAUAUUCUAUACAGUAGUCACCCCUAUGCUCAACCCUUUCAUAUACAGCCUGAGGAACAGCGAGAUACACACAGCCAUAAAGAGACUGGUAAGGAAUUGGUUUUAGUGGAACCAGCAUCCUCAGCCAUAGGUACAAAUAAUCUUGCCUGUCAAUGGAAAGUUGGCCAAUGAUUCCUGGCAUUUAGAGUUACUUUUUAUAUUAGCUAUUUCUCAACAUACAAAGGUGCCUGGAGAUCUGUCAAUAACAUUAUAAGCCAUUCUGUUCCGUGAAGCAAACUUCAACUGUCAGAAAACACCCUGCUUAUUGUCUGAAAGAACUUCUGUGAUGCCUUUUGACACUGGCAGUAUUUUUUUUUUGCAAGCUAUCAGAGCUGCUGGUCUCAUCACAAGGCAGGGUUUUCCAAGUGGUGUUUGCUCAAAAAUAAAGUUUAUUUAUUUCCCUGGGAACAUUUUGGCCGAAGCGUAUGAAGCAACUAGUGUUUAUUAUUGCUUUUAAGGAACUGAUUCUUUUGCAAGGUAAAAGCCAGAAUUCUCGCUUAAUGUAUUGUGUACGUUUGUGUGUCUCCGUGGGUGUUCAAUUGAUUAUUGGAUGCUAUAGAUUUCUUGGCUACAUUUUUGUAUUUUCCUAUUGCCUUCCUCCUACAGAAAGUCACCCUUUGGACCUAAGGCAGGAUUAGAACUUAUUGAUCCCUGGAUCUAAUCUGGUGCCUUCAACCUCUACACUAAAUCCCUAAAUCUCCAUUAUUUUCUUCUUACAAAAAUUACUUGGAAAUAUCUAUUCUUGUUACAGAGGAAAUUAGAGAGUAUGAAUAAUUAACCAUCCUUCAGUUGGUUUCUCUACAACGUUACCAAGUUGGCUCUGCUUUUCUGAUUAAUUUCGUUUGCUUUUAUCCUGCCCUUAAAGAAGUCUCUUCUUCUUCUUCUUUUUAAGCAUGGCUGUUAUCCAUAAAUGUGAAAUACUAGGUAUUUCAGUUCUAGGUUACAAGAGUCUGAAAUUAAUCACAGUGAAUCAUCAACUCCUCUUCCACCAGAUUUCUGUCUUCCUGAAUCACAGCAUUUACUUUUCUUGCUGUCAGUCAGAACCAUCUCCCAGUGCCAAAGAUUUGCUGGUGAAAUCACAGGAUUUUUUUUAUAGGCUAUUUUGAUUUCCUUGCCAUAUAUUGGGAAUUAAGUCCCUGAAUUUAAAACUAUCUGUCUUUUGCUAACUUGUGUUGUGUCUCUCUGUCUAACCUACCUCACAAGGUUGUUUGGGGAAAAAUGGGAGGGUGAAGUACUCUCUAUGUUGUCUUGAAUUUUUGCAUGAAAUGUACGAUAUAAAUCAAGGAAACAAAUAUAUUACCUUUUGUUCAUCCCUACAAUCAGUAAAACAUAUUAUUCCUAUUUUGUUAAAACCUACGGGUUGAAAGUAAAUGUUUCAAUACAAAUACAAAUAAACUAUCAUGCAAACUGGUAACUGUAUCAUCAAUUGAUCUUAUUGUUUCUCUCAUAAUUAAUAAAGGGAUGAAAGUAUUA